UCUAUUACCAAUUUAUGAGAUUGGCAGGUAAGAAUGAUCGUAUCUCUUUUGUAGUCGCUCUUUUACCUGGAUAUUAAUAUUUGAGUACUUACAUUACAUGAAAUCGAAUCAGAUAUUUUGACCAUUUACCCUUAUUUUAUUAUCAAAGCAAUUUUAAUUAACGAGAUGAAUUUAAGCGAUCUGAAAUCUUGUUUCAUAAAACCUUAAAAGAUUUUAUCUAGGUACCUACAUACCUAUAUUCAAACUUAAUUUUUGAUUUGACUACAUUCAUAUUUCUUAAUUUAACUUUAUUGGAAUCGUAUCAUAAAAAUGCCCUGAAACUAAAAAAUAAUCUUGUAUUCCCUGCCAUCUGGAAUGUGAUCCUAUAGCUUUGGUUGAAUCGAGUAUUGAUAGAUGUCGCUACCAGAAGGAGCAUUUUUAUGGACUCGUUGACUCCAGAUUUUAGUAGACUCUAAAAUAAUUCUAAACGAUUUAUUUAAUUUUAAUUUAAAUAUCUAUAUUUACUUCUGUAAAUUCCAAUUUCAUUCUCUUCAAAUUUGUCUUUCAUUCAGUCCGUCCGUGCGUCGUUCAUUUUGAAAUUUUCGUUCCCGCAAUCGUAAUGACGUCAAUGAAAAUGACAUUUCCUUUGUGACGUCUUUCUAUAAUUUUCAGGCUUUUUAUAAGUUUUGAUUGAAAAUCAAUGAAACAUGUUUGCUUCUCAUUAUUUUGGUUAAUAAAAUCCGAUAAACAAACCUAAACAUGGAUACACCCGGUGAAUACGAAGAGAAUGACUUUCCUAUCUGGCAAGAACCGCGGUGCGAACCCUUGGGUGCACCCAAGGAAACACUUUGUGAUGAAAACAACCCAGAUCAGACACCCGACAACCACGGAGACCGACUACAUGCCUUGGAAGAAGAACAGGAAAUCCUAUCGUCAUCUGUUUUCUCCCUGACAUCGCAUCUUGCUCAGGUAGAGUUCCGUUUGCGACAAAUUUUGAAAGCCCCGCCGGACGAAAAAGAUGAAAUGCUGAAAGCUCUUGAAGAGUUUACUUCACGAGGAGUACAUGAUUCUCGGGCUGCCCCUCAAGGCAGUUCGGGAGACGCCUCCUGCACUGAAUGUGUUGAGUUAGAACGGAAAAUAUCGCGCCAACGUACGAAACAGGCACACUUUAUAGAUAGACUUAAAGUACAACUAAAGGAAUUAGAACGAUUUGCGGCAAACCCGACUUCCACAUGUGACAGUAAACACAGAACAUUAAUUGACCAUUUACGCACUGAAAUAGAUCAGAACCUUGAAGAAGGAUGUCAUCAACCACUCACUGCUGAGGAGCUCAGGCACCAGAUAAACUGUGCGGUCAAACAGUAUGCAGACAGACAACUAUCAAAAGAUGAAAUCAUAAGUAAAUUGCAAGCUCAUAUUGAAGAUAUGCAGAAAUUCAUCAAACUAAUGAAAAAUGAGGAACUUAAAAACACUAAAGUAACAUCUGAAGCCAAAAAUGUUGGAAAAUCAGAGAAAUUUGACAAAAAUUUCAGCAAAAGUAAAAGUAAUGAUGAUUUGAGAGCAGAAACCAUAAACUUAAUGAGGAAAGCAUCUACUUUGAUUCAGAUCUUUACAGUUUCACAGUUUGGUUGCUCGCCCAACACCAACAGGAGGCAUGAAGGCAAGUCCUCAACCAUUGUCACGCAUUGGGGCAAUUUACGUGCAAGAUUGGAGAUGUCAGUUGAUGGGGUGCUCCACUUAGUUUCUAGAGACAGACCAUCUCACACCAUGGUGGAUAAUUAUGACAGUGAGUCUGAAGAAGGUGGUAUUAUUAUAAAUGAUGCUCCACUGACUACUGCUGUUCGCAGACACCUUGCUAUCAACUUGCGAGACCUUCUACACCAUGGACUGACUGGCCCUGAAUCAACCUCUCUUGUUCCUAUUAUUGGAUGUUUUCCUGUACGCAGAUCUUCUUCAUCCAGAGCUACACAUAUAUGGGAGGUGAUCCUUCGAUACUAUGAUUUAAAUGAUGGUGAUCGAUUCAAUUCCACUCCAGCAAGGAAGUUGAGUCAAAGCUUUAACUUGGAUAUUGUUGGAGGAACAGCUAUAACCAAUAAACAAAGUCUGCUGAGUGCUAUUGGCAGCAUUGUAGCAUCCCAUACACCAUACAAAAGGAGUUAUGAUGCUCAUUUCAAAGCCUUUGUUUGUGCAGCAUUGAAUGCUCAUAAGCUUGUUAUCUGGCUGAACAUUAUUUUGAAAAGCAGAUCCUUGAUUGAUGCUUACUAUUCAUCUACCAGCUAUGUGGUGAACACUGGAUUCCAAGAUGCCCUGCAAAGUUUAGAUCGCCUAACUCCAUACAAUUUUGAUCUACCCGUUGACCUUGCUGUGAAGCAGUUUCAGAAUAUUAAAGAUGUAUUUAUGUAAUUAAGUAAUUUUAUAAGAGUACAAUUUUAUACAUAAUGUAUAUUUGAAUACUGUUUCUAAAUGUGACAAGAGGUUACAGAAAAUGUACCAAAUCUAGUCUGAUUAUUGUAAUGUUACCAAAGUACUUAUUACAAUGUGAUGUAUUCUCCCACCUUCGAAGAGUUGUCAUCCAAUUGUAUAGUUGUAGAUAAUGACUGGCUUCUUGUCACAUGUUUGGAAGCAGGCUUAUGAUGCCUUCCACAAUAUCAAACCAUGCUGUAUGCAUUUACUGUAGUUGAUCUAGUCUAAUUAGUAAUUAGUCCUAUUUCUGAAUAUUUUAGUUAAGUAAUGAUCACUUACCUACUAAUAAAAUUACUUGCUCUCAAAUUUACAAAUAUGAAAUGUUUAAGAAUCUAAACUAUGAAUCUGGAGAAAUAACGAUAUUUAUAAUGGGAGAAAAUAGAUGACCAGUAUUUAUUGUAAUUUUAUUUGAAAUCGAGUACAUUCCAAUCAGAUCUUUUAAAAUUGGAUGAUAAAAUACCAAAGAUGUAAUUAGUAUUAUUGUAUCUGUGUAUAAAACUAUCAUUGUUGCUAAUUAUAAUGUAGUUGAAGCAUGAA